ACCCUAUCUCCAAAGCCCUUUCUUCAUCUUCAUCAAAUUCGAUUGAGAUCUCGCCGGCGGAAAACCCUCAUGUUCUGCACCACGCUUCCUUCUCCGCCGUCAAUCUCAUUUCCUUCUGCAAUUUACCGUCGCAGGUUCUCUCCGCCCACCGCCAAUGUGCCAUUCGCCCUCUUCCUCCGGUAGAACGCUUCUUCAACAUCUUCCGUUGUUCCAGUUCUCUUUCGCUGAACCUCAAUCGUUGUUGUCGCUUUCUGAUUGAAGUCUCCCGCUGCCGGUGAAGAUUAAUUCUUGCAAUUCUUUUUCAUACUGCCGUCCCGUUGCGCUCUUGGAACUCACCGGCGAUUCUUUUCUCUCAGCUUAGGUUGUGUUGCAUUAAGGAUUUUAAGACGCUACAAGCUCCAAGUGGGCAGCCAUGGGAGUUCCAGCCUUCUAUAGGUGGUUAGCAGAGAAGUAUCCUUUGGUGGUUGUGGAUGUAGUUGAGGAAGAACCGGUUGUGAUAGAUGGCAUUGCCAUUCCAGUUGAUACGAGCAAACCCAAUCCAAACAAUCUUGAAUUUGAUAACCUCUACCUCGACAUGAAUGGCAUUAUUCAUCCUUGCUUUCAUCCUGAAGAUAGGCCUUCUCCAACAACUUAUGCUGAGGUAUUUCAAUGCAUGUUUGAUUACAUCGAUAGGCUUUUUGUCAUGGUGCGGCCUAGAAAAUUGCUAUAUAUGGCUAUUGAUGGCGUUGCCCCUAGGGCCAAAAUGAAUCAACAGCGAUCUCGGCGAUUUAGAGCUGCAAAAGAUGCAGCAGAUGCGGCAGCUGAAGAGGCACGACUUAGAGAAGAGUUCGAGAGGGAGGGACGAAAGCUUCCCCCAAAGCAGGAGUCACAAGUUUUUGAUUCCAAUGUUAUCACUCCUGGAACGGACUUUAUGGCUGUGCUGUCCAUUGCUUUGCAGUACUACAUUCAUCUUAGACUAAACAAUGACCCUGGUUGGAAAAAUACUAAGGUCAUUCUUUCUGAUGCCAAUGUUCCGGGUGAAGGGGAACACAAAAUAAUGUCCUAUAUUCGUCUUCAGAGAAAUCUUCCUGGUUUUGAUCCAAAUACUCGUCACUGCCUGUAUGGUUUGGAUGCAGAUUUGAUAAUGUUGGCAUUGGCCACCCAUGAAGUCCAUUUUUCAAUUCUGCGUGAGAUUGUUUUCACUCCUGGACAGCAAGAAAAAUGCUUUUUGUGUGGCCAAUUGGGUCAUUUUGCAUCUGACUGCGAGGGUAAGGCCAAGAGAAAGGCUGGAGAGUUUGAUGAGAAAGGUGAAGAUGUUGUAGUUAAAAAACCUUACCAGUUUCUCCAUAUUUGGACACUUAGAGAGUAUUUGGAGCAUGAGAUGCGAAUUCCGAAUGCUCCCUUUGAAAUCGACCUUGAACGCAUUGUGGAUGAUUUUGUGUUCAUGUGUUUCUUUGUUGGCAAUGACUUUUUACCCCAUAUGCCCACAUUGGAGAUCCGGGAGGGUGCAAUUAACUUGUUAUUGGCGGUGUACAAGAAGGAAUUUAGGGCACUUGGUGGGUAUUUGACUGAUGGAAGCAAGCCAAAUUUGCGAAGGGUGGAACAUUUCAUUCAAGCUGUUGGAAGUUAUGAAGAUAGGAUAUUCCAGAAAAGAGCUAGACUUCAUCAGAAGCAGGCAGAUAGAAUAAAGCGUGAAAAAGGUCAGGCAAGAAGAGGAGAUGACGUGGAGCCUCAGGUUCAACCUUCCCUUGUUGCAGUUGGUCGUUUUCAUGGAUCUCGUCUUGCUUCGGGUCCUUCUCCUUCGCCGUAUGAACAAUCAGGAGUUGGAAAAGCCAUGUCCAAAUUUUCAGGAAUGAAAAUUAAGCAUAAGCAAUCAUUGGAAUCUGAUGGUAGCGGUUCCCCUGGUCGGCUUAACAAAGUUGCACGCCUAUCAUCUGGGGCUUCCAUUGGUUCUGCUAUCGUUGAAGCGGAGAACACUUUGGAAAUAGAUAUCUACGAGAACAAGGAGGACUUGAAGACAAAGCUUAAAGAGGUACUACGUGAGAAGUCUGAUGUUUUCAACUCAAAUAAUCCGGAAGAGGACAAGAUUAAAUUGGGGGUACCUGGGUGGAGAGAGAGGUAUUAUGUGGAGAAGUUUUCGGCAAAAACUCCGGAGGAACUUGAUGACAUACGAAAUGAUGUUGUUUUGAGGUACACAGAAGGCCUAUGUUGGGUUAUGCACUAUUACUAUGAAGGCGUUUGUUCUUGGCAAUGGUUUUAUCCCUAUCAUUAUGCACCGUUUGCUUCUGAUCUCAAGGGUCUUGGUGAGCUGGAUAUUUCAUUUAAUCUAGGCACUCCCUUCAAGCCAUUCAAUCAGCUACUGGGUGUUUUCCCUGCUGCUAGUUCUCACGCACUUCCAGAGCAAUAUAGGAAAUUGAUGACAGAUCAGAACUCACCUAUUAUUGACUUCUAUCCUUUGGAUUUUGAAGUGGAUAUGAAUGGUAAACGGUAUUCCUGGCAGGGUAUUGCAAAAUUGCCUUUCAUUGAUGAAACCCGCCUUCUUGCAGAGGUUAAGAAAAUUGAGCAUACAUUGACGGACGAAGAGGUGCGGAGAAAUAGUGUGAUGUUUGACAUGCUUUUUGUGACAUCUUCUCACCCUCUCUCUGUUAGCAUAUACUCACUUGACAACCGCUGUAAGCAGUUGACUGAGAAAGAACGUACCGAGGUUAAGGAGAAAAUAAAUCCCGAACAUAGUGGAGGAAUGAAUGGCUAUAUCUCUCCAUGUUUGGGGGAGCUUUGCCCUCCAAUAUUCAGGUCUCCUGUUGAGGGCUUGGAGGAUGUUAUGGACAACCAAGUCAUAUGUGCUAUAUAUCGACUUCCGGAUGCACACAAGCACAUCACUCAACCGCCUGCCAGGGUGAAUCUUCCUUUGAAGACUGUGAGCAUGGGUGACAUGAAACCUGAUCCUGUUUUGUGGCAUGAAGAUUCUGGAAGGAGGCACCAUCAUCAGGACAAGGGAAGAUACGGUGAUAAUGGAAGGCCAAAUCCUCCUGGAGCCAUUUCAGGUCAACACCUAGGGGAUGCAGCACAUAGACUUGUUGUCAACAGCUUGCAGAUGAGGGGAGAUCGGAACGGUCAUAGUAAUUGGCAGACGCCCCAAAUGUCCCAUACGGCACCACCAUUCUAUCCCGGGAAACCUCCACAUACAGAUUAUAGAUCACGAGAUCAAGCUGACUAUAGGAUGCCACCAGGUAGACAAAACUACUCCCAUGGUCAUCACCGACCAACAAAUCCCAACGCGAUGCGAGGCCACCGGGAUCACGGGUAUCAUCAACAAUUUCCUCCAUCGGCUUCAGGUCAUCGUGUUGACAUGAGACCUCAUUCCCAACAUUAUAAUAGAGGUUACAAUCAAGUGAAUUCCCAAUAUGUCGAUGAGAAUCCUGAAGCUUACUACCCAUCACGUCCUCAUCAGGGUGACAUGCCUCCCUAUCCCCAUAGACCUACAUUGCACCCGCCAACAUAUGAAAGCGGUUACAAUUACAACCAAGGCCCUGGAUCAUCCAGCAGUCAGCACCACGGUGGCGCCUGGGCUCCCCUGCCUGGCAACAACAGUGCCCCACGAGCAUACGGACACCAAUAUGGAAACCAGUUUUCUGCACUUGAUAGAAGAGGAAACGGGAGACCUUCCUCAACACCUCAUGGCUAUGAUGGCCGCAGGUAAAAACCAUACUGAUCAAGUAAGUGUACGUCUAAUCUAAAAGCUUUUUACAAUUAUAAACUCUACCAUUUUUACAAUUAUAAACUCUACCAUUGGCGCCACGAUGAAGAAACUGUUGUACAAUUCUACACAGCCUGCCGCUGUUGGCAGAAGUUAAAUAACAGUCUUCCGUUGUCUACUUUCCCGAGAACCGUUCAUCGGUAUUAGGCUUCCUAGGCAUUUUUCUCUCUGCAGUUUACUUGUAUUUCUACUGUAGUUUGUUGAUUGUUGUAGUAAAAAAUUUAGCAAUAAACUUCUAGCAAUUUCUUUAAAAUUUUUGGGCAUUUGUGCUUUCUUUA